AUGUCUAUUCAAGUAACCACCAACGGCCCUGCUUCCAACGCAUCUGAAGUCUACACUACUGCAUCACUCACCGGUGCACAGUACUCUCAAGGCGGCAAUUAUUCGCAGACUCAGUACUCCCAGCAAGGCCAAUACACUUCUACCGGCCAGCAACGGCAGUACGCCAGCGGCGGUCAGACUCAUCAGUAUACCGGUGGCGAUCAGACUCAAUAUACCAGUGGCGGUCAGUACGCGAGUGGCCAACGCGGUGAGUUCACGACGACUGGCGGCCAGCAGUACGACACUAGCUCUCCGACUUCGGUGCGCAAGGUGUCCUCUGUGGUCGUGGAGAGUACGGCCCUAGAAACGGCCCCGCAGGACACUGAGCGGUACGUGGAGGUGCCUACUUACGAGGAGCAGAUUACCUACGUGCCUGUGAAGCAGGUUGUGGAGGUGCCGAAGGAGGUGCCCAUGUACGUUGUGGAGUACGUUGAUCGUGUGAAGGAAGUUCCAACGAUCAACUGGGUUGAAAAGGUGGUGGAGGUGCCGGAAUAUCAUGACGUGGUUGUGGAGAAGAAGGUGCAGCAGUUCGUGGACCGUCCGCGGGAGGUCAUCAGGGAGGUCGUCGUUCAGAAAACUCGACCAGUGGAACAGGUCGUGGAGGUUCCUGGUGAGACGAUUUAUAUUGACAAGCCUUUCACCACUGAGAAGAUCGUGAACGUGACGCGUCACGUGGACGCUGAUGUGCCCGUUGUCAUCGCUCAAACUGCGAAGCCAAUCAUUUCCGAGUCCACUCGCGUAGUGGAUGUGGAAGUGCGUGACUUUCAACCAGAAGUUAUUCCUGUGGACGUGCACGUAGCUAAGCCAGUCGAAAAGUCGCUUGAGGCUGUCGGGUUGGUUAACUCGCACCACCGCCUCUGCAAUAUUACUAGCGCGCAAUACAAUACCAUUCUCCGUUCUCUCAACUCGAACCUCCAAGACCACGAGCUUCCGUUCGUCGUUGAUAACGGUAAGAUCGACUUUGUCCGUGCCCAAGACGCUCAACACCUCGUUGCGCCCUCCGGAAUCAAAGUCGAAGGCUGGGUCUCGAAGACAGGCAGCUCUACUAUUAUACACUCAGUACCUACCUCCCUUAAUGCUCCUGGAGCCUCGAGCCUGACCCAUCAGGUCACCAGCAGGUCCGUCUCAAAUACCCGGCUGGCGGGCAGCCAAGCCAUGAGCCAAAUGGGAAGUCACGCCAUGGCCCGGAGCACUAUGCAAGAAAGCAACUACGCCACCACUAAGCAGUCGAACCUAUGCUGCAACAACCCUCGCGCGGUGACCAGCGGCAGCGUACACUCCUCGCCUUACACUGCCUCGAACCAAUACACGACUACUCAACAGAUGUACAGUAACGUCAGCCAUCAACCCCAGAGUCAACACCACAUGCAGCAGUACAACACAGAGGUGAAGUCACGCGACUCAUCCGUCACCUCGUCCUAUACCAAGUCUCGCGACCAGAUAAAUGGCGCUCGCACACGUGUGUGCUGUUAA